GAUUUUAGUGCCCGCAGGUCCUCCAGGGGGAGGAUAGGGUUACGGGCGCCAUCGUCCCAGAUGUGGCACAUUGACCCACUGCUGAUCCAGUCACCUAGAUGGAAGAAACGUCAGAGGAAACGGGCAGCUUGAUGGAAGAAACGUUGGAAAAAGCUCUCACCUCGAUGGAAGGAACAUUGGUGGAAACGGUCACCUUGAUGGAAGAAACGGGCACAUUGAUGGAUGGAACGUCGGAGGAAACGGUCACCUUGAUGGAUGAAACGUCGGAGGAAACGGUCACCUUGAUGGAAGAAACGGGCACCUUGAUGGAUGGAGCGUCAGAAGAAACGGUCACCUUGAUGGAUGGAACGUCGGAGGAAACGGUCACCUUGAUGGAAGGAACGUCGGAGGAAACGGUCACCUUGAUGGAAGGAACGUCAGAGGAAAUGGUCACCUUGAUGGAAGGAAUGUCAGAGGAAACCGUGUCGGGAGAAGCAGUGGUGGGCAAGCGUGCUACAGGACGAGUCACCUGGAUAGAAGAACCAUCGGAGGAAACGGUGCUGGGAGAAGCAGCGGUGGACGAGCAUGGCACAGAAGGGGCAGUCGAGGCCUCGACUGCUAAGCCCGUCUUGCGCAGACCCAGUGUGCAUGUCGCCAGGAGAUGCAGUGUUCUAGCAAGUGACGCCUCGGCUGCUAAGCCCGUCUUACCCGAACCCGGUUUUGCCAGGAGAUGCAGUGUUCUGGCAAGUGACGUGAAGUACAAGGAGGGUUAUGAGAAAUCCAAGGCCCAGAACCUCUUCAUCCCCGAUGUAGAGUUUCAGCAUUCCAAGAACAUCAACGCUUUCAUCUCUGAGACCAAGUACAAGGAGGAAGGAAAGUUGGAAACAGCCAUGUGUCUCUACUCAGUGCUUCCAGAAACAAUGGCGACCCAACACGCCAGAGAGGCCUCCGAGCUACAGAGUGAGAUCAAAUACAAAGGGAAUGUGAAGACGGAGAUAUCCACUUCCCUCUACUCACUGCUCCCGGAGACCCUUGAGACUCAGUUUGCGAAGGAGCAUUCGGACAUGCUGAGUGAGGGCAAGUACAGAGAGGAGGGGAAAAGGGAGAUCUCCAGCAGCCUGUACUCCCUGCUUCCAGACACCACUGAGAUGCAGCUCUCUAAAACAGUGAAAGAGUUCCAGAGUGAGAACAAGUACAGGGAGGCAGGGAAGAGAAGGCUGUCUACUUCCAUAUAUUCCCUGCUACCAGAGACCAUGGAGAUUCAACACGCCAAAGAGGCUUCUCUGCUACAGAGUGAGAUGAAAUACAAAGAGUUAAGCAAAGGUACUCUGUCCUCCCUCUACUCUCUACUCCCAGAGACCACAGAGAUCCAGUUUGCUAGAGAAAUGACAGAGAUGCAGAGCGAGAACAAAUACAAAGAAAGUGGCAAAAGAAAUUCCUCCAGUUGCAUUUACUCUCAACUAGCAGAGACCCCUGAGACCCAUUUUGCUAAAGCUGUGUCAGAACUCCAGAGUGAGCUAAAGUACAGGGAAGUACUGAAAAAGGACACCUCCCCCAGUUUUUAUUCUACGCUGCCCGAAACAAUUGAGACUAAUUUUGCGAAACGACAAUCAGCAAUGCGAAGUGAGAAAAAGUAUAAAGAGGACAGGAAGGAGAACUCCUUUAGCCUCUACUCUCUUCUCCCAGAGACACCAGAGACCCAGUUUGCAAAAGAGGUCUCCGACUUACAGAGCGAGCUCAAGUAUACAGAGGGGGGGAAGCAGAAGAUCUCGACAAGCCUUUAUUCUCUGCUUCCCGAGACCACAGAGACCCAGUUGGCCAAGCAGAUGUCUGAAAUGCAGAGCGAGACCAAGUACAAGGAAGUGGGCAAGAGGGAGGUGGUCACUUCUUUGUACUCUCUACUCCCUGAGACCAAGGACAUCCAGCACGCCAAGGAAGCGUCCCAGUUACGGAAUGAGAUCAAAUACAAAGAGAGUGGAAAGAAGGACAACUCAACCUCUCUCUACUCUCUACUACCAGAGACCACAGAGAUACAGUUUGCCAGAGAAAUGACAGAGAUGCAGAGUGAGAAUAAAUACAAAGAAGAAGGAAAAAGGCGUAUCUCCACAAGUGUUUACUCUCAGCUUCCAGAAACCACCGAGACACAGUUUGCGAAAGCUGUAUCUGAACUUCAGAGUGAGAUGAAGUACAAAAAAGCAGGGAGGAAGGGAUUUUCUAGUUCUCUCUACUCCACCUUACCAGAAACAAUGGAGACCCAGCAUGCCAAAGAGGCUUCCCAGCUACAGAGUGAGCUAAAGUACAAGGAAGGCCUGAAAAAGGACACCUCCCCCAGUUUUUAUUCUACGCUACCCGAAACAAUUGAGACAAAUUUUGCGAAACGACAAUCAGCAAUGCGGAGCCAGAUCAAGUAUAAAGAAGAUACUGAGGAGAACUCUAUCAACCUCUACUCUCUGCUCCCCGAGACAACAGAGACACAGUUUGCAAAGCAGAUGUCUGAAAUGCAGAGCGAGACAAAAUACAAAGAAGCAGGGAAGAAAGAGGCCUCCACUUCUCUCUACUCCACCUUACCAGAGACUUUGGAGACCCAGCACGCCAAAGAGGCUUCCCAGCUACAGAGUGAGCUCAAAUACAAAGGUGAGAAAGUCUUCUCUGGUUCGGCUUACUCUCAACUCCCUGAGACGAUGGAGACAGACAGAGCUCGAGAGCUCACAGAGAUGCAGAGCAAGAUCAAAUACAAAGAGAGUGGAAAGAAGGACAACUCAACCUCCCUCUACUCUCUACUACCAGAGACCACAGAGAUACAGUUUGCCAGAGAAAUGACAGAGAUGCAGAGCGAGAAUAAAUACAAAGAAGAAGGAAAAAGACAUAUCUCCACAAGUGUUUACUCUCAGCUUCCAGAAACCACCGAGACACAGUUUGCGAAAGCUGUAUCUGAACUUCAGAGUGAGAUAAAGUACAAAGAAGCAGGGAGGAAGGGAGUUUCUUGUUCUCUCUACUCCACCUUACCAGAAACAAUGGAGACCCAGCAUGCCAAAGAGGCUUCCCAGCUACAGAGUGAGCUAAAGUACAAGGAAGGAUUGAAAAAGGACACUUCCCCCAGUUUUUAUUCUACGCUACCCGAAACAAUUGAGACAAAUUUUGCAAAACGACAGUCAGCAAUGCAGAGCCAGAUCAAGUAUAAAGAAGAUACUGAGGAGAACUCUAUCAACCUCUACUCUCUGCUCCCCGAGACAGCAGAGACACAGUUUGCAAAGCAGAUGUCUGAAAUGCAGAGCGAGACAAAAUACAAAGAAGCAGGGAAGAAAGAGGCCUCCACUUCUCUCUACUCCACCUUACCAGAGACUUUGGAGACCCAGCACGCCAAAGAGGCUUCCCAGCUACAGAGUGAACUCAAAUACAAAGGUGAGAAAGUCUUCUCUGGUUCGGCUUACUCUCAACUCCCUGAGACGAUGGAGACAGACAGAGCUCGGGAGCUCACAGAGAUGCAGAGCAAGAUCAAAUACAAAGAGAGUGGAAAGAAGGACAACUCAACCUCUCUCUACUCUCUACUACCAGAGACCACAGAGAUCCAGUUUGCCAGAGAAAUGACAGAGAUGCAGAGUGAGAAUAAAUACAAAGAAGAAGGAAAAAGGCGUAUCUCCACAAGUGUUUACUCUCAGCUUCCAGAAACCACCGAGACACAGUUUGCGAAAGCUGUAUCUGAACUUCAGAGUGAGAUGAAGUACAAAGAAGCAGGGAGGAAGGGAGUUUCUUGUUCUCUCUACUCCACCUUACCAGAAACAAUGGAGACCCAGCAUGCCAAAGAGGCUUCCCAGCUACAGAGUGAGCUAAAGUACAAGGAAGGAUUGAAAAAGGACACCUCCCCCAGUUUUUAUUCUACACUGCGCGAAACAAUUGAGACUAAUUUUGCGAAACAACAAUCAGCAAUGCGAAGUGAGAUCAAGUAUAAAGAAGAUACUGAGGAGAACUCUAUCAACCUCUACUCUCUGCUCCCCGAGACAGCAGAGACACAGUUUGCAAAGCAGAUGUCUGAAAUGCAGAGCGAGACAAAAUACAAAGAAGCAGGGAAGAAAGAGGCCUCCACUUCUCUCUACUCCACCUUACCAGAGACUUUGGAGACCCAGCACGCCAAAGAGGCUUCCCAGCUACAGAGUGAGCUCAAAUACAAAGGUGAGAAAGUCUUCUCUGGUUCGGCUUACUCUCAACUCCCUGAGACGAUGGAGACAGAGAGAGCUCGAGAGCUCACAGAGAUGCAGAGCGAGCUCAAGUACAAACAGAGUGGGAAGAAGGGUAUGUCCCAAAGCAUCUAUUCCGUACUAGCAGAUACCAUGGAGACCCAAUUUGUCAAAAAUGUUUCUGAACUGCAAAGUCAGACUAAGUACAAGAAGGCAGGGAAGAAUAAGGCAAAGUCUCUCUACUCUGUGUUGCCAGAGACUCUGGAGAUCCAACAUGCCAAGCAGGUCUCCCAGCUUCAGAGCCAGCUCAAAUACAAGGAUGCCGGGAAAAGGGAGAUGUCCAGUUCUCAUUACUCUGUUCUCCCCGAGACGGCAGAGACUCAUUUAGCCAAAGAGCACUCUGAGAUGCUGAGCGAGGUGAAGUAUAAAAAGCAGGGUAAAGAAGGCAUUUCCUCAAGCCUUUAUUCUCUACUCCCGGAAACAGCAGACACUCAGUUUGCCAAACAGAUGUCAGAAAUACAGAGUGAGUUAAAGUACAAAAGAGACAUCGAGGAACUGCCCGAUACCUUGUACGCACUACUGCCUGAAACCAUGGAGACCAAGUUCGCAAAAGAAAUGACUCAAGAAAUGUCUCAGGCCAAGUACAAGGAGGCAGGCAAGCAGCAGGUCUCCAUUUCGCUCUACUCCACCUUACCAGAGACUUUGGAGACCCAGCACGCCAAAGAGGCCUCCCAGCUACAGAGCAAGAAUAACUAUAAAGAGGGAGGCAAAAAGGACAUGUCAACUUCCUUGUAUUCUCAACUUCCUGACACAAUAGAGAUCCAGUUUGCCCGAGAGCUUACAGAGCUCCAAAGUGAGAACAAGUAUAAAGAAGAUGGGAAAAGGAGUCUUUCGACAAGCGUUUACUCUCAACUAGCAGAGACCAAGGAGACGCAGUUUUUGAAAGCUGUUUCCCAACUCCAGAGUGAGAAAAAGUAUAGAGAGGCAGUAAAGAAGCAAAUAUCUCUCUAUGCCACCUUACCAGAGACUUUGGAGACCCAGCACGCCAAAGAGGCUUCUCUGCUACAGAGUGAGCUGAAAUACAAGCAAGGUGGCAAAAAGGGUGCCUCCAGUUCUCUGUACUCCCUGCUUCCAGAAACGACAGAGACCCAACUAGCCAAAGAGCACCGUGAUAUUUAUAGUGAGGUGAAAUACAAAGAGGAUGGUAAACAGAAGCUUUCCAACACCCUGUAUUCUUUGCUGCCAGAAACAGCGGACACACAAUUUGCCAAGCAGCAAUCAGAAUUCCGAAGUGAGCAAAAUUACAAAAGUGACACCCAGGAACUGUCCAAUUGCUUGUACGCACUACUGCCUGAAACCAUGGAGACCAAGUUCGCUAAAGAAAUGUCUCAAGAAAUCUCUCAGUCUAAAUACAAGGAGGCAGGGAAGAAAGAGGCCUCCACUUCUCUCUACUCCACCUUACCAGAGACUUUGGAGACCCAGCACGCCAAAGAGGCUUCCCAGCUACAGAGUGAGAACAAGUACAAGGAGAAUGUGAAACUGACCCAGUCCAGUAGUCUGUACUCUCAGCUCCCCCAGACUACAGAGACCCAGUUUGCUGCCAAAGUCUCGGACCUACAGAGCGAGAACAAGUACAAAGAGGAAGGUAAGAAGAGUAUCACUAGCUGCAUUUACUCUCAACUACCAGAGACCAAACAGACCCAGUUUGUGAAGGCUGUGACCGAACUUCAGAGUGAGACUAAAUAUAAGGAGGCAGGGAAGAAAGAGGCCUCCAGUUGUCUCUACGCCCUGUUACCAGAGACUAUGGAUACCCAGCACGCAAAAGAGGCUUCUCUGUUACAGAGUGAGAAUAAGUACAAAGAAGGCGGUAAAAAGGAGAGUUUGACCUGCCUGUACUCUCAGCUUCCAGAAACCACUGAGAUUCAGUUUGCUAAAACAGUGACAGAACUGCAGAGUGAGAAUAAAUACAAACAGAAAGGGAAACAGGAGAUAUCCAGCAGCAUUUUCUCCCAGCUGCCGGGGACAAAGGAGAUAGAGUUUGCCAAACAGAUUUCAGAAAUGCAGAGUGAGCAAAAUUACAAAAGUGACACCCAGGAACAUUCCAAUUGCUUGUACGCACUACUGCCUGAAACCAUGGAGACUAAGUUUGCUAAAGAAAUGUCUCAAGAGAUGUCUCAGAGGAAAUACAAAGAAGCUGGGAAAAAAGAGAUGGGCAACUCUCUGUACUCCCUCAUGCCCCAGACCAGUGAGAUCCAGCAUGCCAAAGAGCUCUCCCUGCUCUACAGCCAGAAAAGCUACAAAGAAGAGGGUAGGAAGGACACGGGCCACAGUCUGUACUCACAGAUGCCCCAGACCAUUGAGACUGCAUUUGCUAAAGAAGUGGCAAAGCACCAGAGUGAUAAACUGUACAAGGAGAAGUACAACGCGGAGAAAGGCCAGUCCAGUUACACCACCAUGGAGACCUUACCAGAGGUCUCCCACGCUAUGGAAGUCAACAAACAGCAGAGUCAAGUCAACUACAGGACAGGGAAACAGGAACACCACAAUUUCACCACGUUGGCGGACAGACCUGAUAUCCUGAACGCCAAACAGGCCACUGAACUGGCCAGCGACGUGUCCUAUAGGAGUAAAACUAAGCAUGAAAUCUACAAUGAUGUCCUGGGAAGAUCUGAUAUCGAGCAUGCCAAAGUGGCCUCCAAACUCGCUAGCCUGGUGCACUACAAGGAGAAGUUUGAGAGGGAGUUCAAGGGUCAGAAGCCCCAGUACAACCCCAGCAACUGUGUGUCCUUCAAACACACACAGGCUGCCCAUGCUCUCACCAGCCAGGUGAAGUAUAAGACCAACCAGAACCAGGUGAUCGAGGGAUCUGUGGACCUGCCCAACCUACUACAGCUGAAACACGCUCUACACGCCAGCAAGCUGCAGAGCAACGUAGAGUACAAGAAGAAGUACGAGCAGUCUAAGGGACACUACCAUAUAGCACUGGACACCGCAGAACAGCUCCACCACAGGGAGAAUGCGGUACUGCACAGCCAGGUGAAAUACAAGGAAGAGUAUGAGAGAAACAAAGGCAAGUCCCAGAUGGAGUUUGUGGACACACAGUCUUACAGAGUGUCCAAGGAGGCUCAGAAAAUGCAAAGUGAGAGAGAGUACAGGAAAGAAUAUGAUGGCCACAUCCGGGGCAAGGCCCUAGUGGACGUUGACCUGACCCCUGGAUACCUGACUGCCCGUCAUGCCAGCAACAUCCUGAGUGAGAAGGAGUACAGGAGGGAAGGACUGGAGGUGAAGGGGAGGGGGCUCUCAGGGCUGGGAUUGGAGGACACACCAGACCUCAUACGGGCUAAAAACGCCAGCCACAUCCUCAAUGAGAAAGAGUACCGCAAGGACCUGCAGAAUGACAUCAUGGGUAAAGGCAUGGAGAUCAGCGGUGACGUGUUGGAGAUGCAGAGGGCCAAGAAGGCCACAGAGUUAACCAGCCAGACCUCCUACAAGCAGACAGCCCAGCUGAGGGAGAGCUCGUACGGUACAGUGACAGACACACCAGAACUACUGCAUGCCGCCUACAUGAAAGAUAUCUACAGUCAGAAGAAGUACAAGGAUGAAGCAGAGACGCUGAAGGGUUCGUAUGGGUUCGACACCCCCGAGAUGGAGAGAGUGAAGAACAACCAGAGGAACAUCAGCUCAUGUCAGUACGCUUGGGACUCAAAGCUCCACAGAAGCCUGAUGUCUUCUGUCACCGACACGCCAGAAAUCAUCCUCGCCAGAGAGAACACAAAGAAAAUCAGUGAUGUGAAAUACAGAGAGGGGGUGGGGAGCGGGACGGCAGUCAUGGAAACCCUUGACACGGAGAGGGUCUGCAGGAACCAGCAGAACAUCAGCUCGGUGAAGUAUAAAAAGCAGCUGCAGGCCACCAGUGUGGGAGUCACCCCAGAGUUGGAGAGAGUCCGUCAGAACCAGGAGAACAUCAGCUCGGUGAAGUACCAGCGCGGGAUGAAAGAGAUGAAGGGCCGGUCCUGCAACGAGUUGGACACGCCCGAACUAAGGCGUGUCAGGAAGUCCCAGAACGAUAUCUCCAUGGCGAAAUAUCACGAGGACUUUGAGCGGACUAGGGGCCGAGGCUGCACCCCAGUGAUGGAGGACCAAAGUAUGGAGAGAAUGCACCACCGGAACAAGCUGAUGAUGAGCGAGGCAGCCUACAAGGGAGUGCACCCACAGGUGGUGGAGAUGGACAGGAGACCCGGCGGCAUCAUCGUAGACGGAAGCUCCACAUUGGACUCUACUCACCUGGCCCGAAACUACCUUAAGGUGUGGCGGACGGACCCAGGCUCCAUCUUUGACUUUGACCCUGUGGAGGAUAACAUUCAGUCUAAAAGUCUUCACAGACUGUCUGAGCGUGUAAGCCGCCUCACCCGGCAGCAAUCUCAGCAGUCGGUGCACUCGCAGGCCCAGUCAGUGAGUUCACUGGCCUCUGCCUCUGACCUGUGGGACAAAAGCCUGUCUGUCUGCAGCAGCAGCUCUGCACUGCAGUCCCAGGACAGAGCUCCUGUGCUACCUGGGGCGUACCAUCAGAGUGCUCAGCAGCAGCAGCAUGGGUAUGGCUACAUGCACCAGACCAGCAUGUCCUCUGUGAGGUCUGUGCAGUCCCCUCCAUCUGUCACCAUGAGAGUGUACCGGGCGCUGUACGACUACUCAGCGCAGGACCACGACGAGGUGUCCUUCCGCGACGGUGACGUCAUCGUCAACGCUCAGCCCAUCGACGAGGGCUGGAUGUACGGCACCGUGCAGAGGACCGGCAAAUCAGGCAUGCUCCCCGCCAACUACGUGGAGUGCUUCAACUAAGGGAUCCAUCUCAAUAGUCUUCAAGUGGUUUUCUUUCCUCUCCCCUUGUCUCCUCUCCUCCAUCUGCACUGAUUGAAUAGGUGGAAGGGAUAAGGUGGAUUGGAUGCCUACUGGGAAAUUGACUUUCACCAGUCCAGUUCUUUUCAUGUCAGUACAGAUGAAGGAGAGGAGAUGAGGAAAGGAGGCUACUCUAGAUUAUUGAGAUGCACCCAAGGGCUAGCCUUACCAUGGUGUAGGCAGAGUCCAUUCCGCAAGUGUCUGUUUUAAGCUUGGUCCUGGAGAGCUGCAUCAGUAAGAUACAUUAAUUGAAUGGAGUUGUUCAAUUUGCCUUGUCUAGACUACAGGCACAAACUAUCAUAGCCACACUGUCCUCUGAAAAUUAUGUGUUAAAGUAAUCAUGUAAUACGUUUUGCUUUUGGUUUCACUUAAGGCAUUGGUGGCUUGCCCCACGUGAUCAGAGUUCAUGAAAAUUGUUUAUAUAAUUCAAUCAGAGAAUUGCAACCCUCAAAUAGACAACAUUAGCAGACAAAAAUACAUAUUCAAUGGAAUGCUGUCGAAAACAUGUUUCACACAAUAGAAAGUACAUUUGAAUUUGGUUAGGCAGUGCAGUUUCUUUUAGUUUCACACAGUUAACAGUGUUGUGUUGACUUCAUGAUCCCAAAAGUGCAGUUUUGCAGCACAAGAACAGUAAUGUGUUCGACUUAUCUUGGAAAAGUGCUUAGCGGGUUUGCUUGAAUAGAGCCCAACACAGUCCUCCAGGACCAGAAUGGGGCCUUCUUAUACUCCUUUGUAUUUCAUUUCUAUUAUUAUGUUUCGCAUUUAGACAUCCACACUAACUGUGUUUUAUGUACAAAGGAGGGAAGGGGAGAGGGAGUUGAGGAGAAAUCUAUGUUUCAAUAAUAUCCUGACAGUGAUUGCCAGAAAGUUAGCUGUUUAGCUUUUGUUAUCUCAUUAACACGUUGCUUCGUACUGUUUCUGUCUGAUGACAUAAGGGUUUGGUUUAAACCAGCUCCACAAGUAAAUAUAGUUGAUACAAUCUAUAGUCAACGAGUCACACAAUCUCACCUCUUUCUGUGAUUUUAGUGGAUUAUCUACAUCUCAUAUACCAGUUAGGCCUCACACAGGCUUUGAUUAGAUUAUGUCCACAUAAUGUAGAGCUAACUGGCAACAUGGUUGUUAUAUUUUGCUAUGUACACAGUUUCAAAUAACACCCAAGAAUGGUGUAUGAAGUUGGAUUGCAAUCUUGACAUUUCUGAACUAUUGUGAACAGUAUUGUGAUGAUCCUAUUUUACUCUUCAGGAUUGUAGACACUAAUGACAGUACAUGUAUUGGUGCAUGUUAUAAAUAGUUUAUACUGUAAUAUCUUGAGGGGUGCAAAGAUUAUUGAAUACUAGGCCUACUAAGGCCAUUCAAUGACAUGGUUUCUGGAUACAUGGUAGGUGGGGAUCUCUUUAACAUGUUAUUGUAGAUUACAUGUUAUCAUGGAAUGUGGUAGCUAAUAAACAGAAAUGGCUAAGUUAUAAAAUGGUAAUAUUUAUUGGCCUUGAAGAGAAAAUAAUGGGACAGCAAGAAACAUCAUAGAUUUUUUUUGUCCAGUGGUUUAUUGCUUCGAGUAGUUCCGUUUUGAAAUGUCUCUGUAAAAGAAAAUGUUUUACUCAGUUUGUACACCAUCACUGAGUUUUAGUGAGAUGCCACUUUUUCCUGAGUUAACCAUUUGUUUUAUUUUUUUGUCAUUAGCUGCAGUGUCACGUGUGAAAAAUAAAAACGCUUUGUCAACAA